AUGUCGGCAGGCAGGCAGGCAGGAGCCGGGUUUGCUGGUCUCUUUUUCCCAGUGCAGCCAGCCUGGGGUGCAGGCCAUGGAGCCUGCUGGAGGGUGACAGCAGCCCAGUGGGCAAGCAUGUUUGGGGGCCAGGGAGCCCAGGGCAUGGCAGGACCUCUGCGGGGCAGGGUGGAGGAGCUGAAGCAGCCCUGGUGGCGGGAGAGCUCGCCGCUGGUGCUGCAGCACAGUGAGGCAGCCCGGCUGGCGGCCGACGCCCUCCUGGAGCGGGGCGAGGCUGCCUACCUGCGGGUGAUCUCAGAGGAGCGGGAACUGCCCUUCCUGAGCGCCCUGGAUGUGGACUACAUAACCAGCCAUGUGCGUGGGGGCCCUGAACUUGGUGAGGCCCAGGGACUGGAGGCCGCAGGGCCUGACCACCUCAGCCUGCUCUCUGAAGUCACCUCAGGCACUUACUUUCCCAUGGCCUCUGACAUAGACCCCCCGGACCUGGACUUGGGGUGGCCCGAGAUCCCACAGGCCACGGGCUUCAGCCCCACCCAGGCUGUGGUCCACUUUCAGCGGGACAAGACCAAGAACAUCAAAGACCUCCUGAGGUUCCUUUUCAGCCAGGCCCGCAAGGUGGUGGCCGUGGUGAUGGACGUGUUCACCGACAUGGAACUCCUGUGCGACCUCAUGGAGGCCUCGAGCCGCCGUGGCGUCCCCGUCUACCUGCUCCUGGCGCAGGAGCACCUGAGGCACUUUCUGGAGAUGUGCUACAAGAUGGACCUCAAUGGGGGGCACCUGCCGAACAUGCGUGUACGGAGCACAUGUGGGGACACGUACUGCAGCAAGGCAGGCCGCCGCUUCACGGGGCAGGCUCUGGAGAAGUUUGUCAUCGUGGACUGUGAGCAGGUGGUGGCAGGCAGCUACAGCUUCACCUGGCUCUGCAGCCAGGCCCACACCAGCAUGGCGCUUCAGCUGAGGGGCCGCAUUGUGGAAGACUUUGACCGGGAGUUCCGCUGUCUGUAUGCUGAGUCACGGCCUGUGGAGGGCUUCUGCGGCAGUGAGGACCCCGGGGUGCCGUGCCCUCCUCCGGUGGCCUUGGCCUUCGUGCCCAGCAUCCCAAGCCCCAUGUCCUCGCCUCCCUCUAGCACCAGCCUCAGCAGCAUCAAGCGCUCCCCUCUCAUGGGCCGCUCCUCCUACCUCGCUCUACCAGGAGGUGGUGGCUGCAGUGACACGGGCAUGGGGUCCACAUCCCCAGGCUCUGCUUGUCGCAAGGCCAGUGGCCAGCCCUCCCUACAGCGCCAGCUGUCAGAUCCUAACUGUGGCUCCCCUCCAGGGCCCUCCAGGGCCAACCUGGGCAAGCUGGGGGCUUCCCCCUGGUCCCAGUCCUCCCCUGCCCUCAACCACAAUAGCAGCAGCCACUUGACUCCAGCAGGGGGGUCACCUCUGCCUACUCGCCAGCGCUCCUUCCUCCCCUUGUCCCGGGGUGUCCUCACCCUGUCCCGGCUCCCAGAGAAUGGGCUCCCAGGAAGUCAGGAGCCUAGCCCCCCACGAGGUCGCUGGGUACCUGGCACAGGCCUGGAGACAGUGGAGGAGAAGAAGGUGUCUCUGAGGCAGAGCCAUGGGCAGCUGGAUCUCCUCACCCCCUUCCCCCGAGCCCGAGAAGCAGGAGGCCCUGAUCCCGGUGUUACCUCCAACUCAGACCCCGUUUGGCCUAGGGAGCAUGCCCGAGAGGACAGGAGGUUAUCCCCAACCCAGAAACACAACCAGCUGGAUCUCCUGCCCCGGGCUCAAGGCGCUGGCUGUGUCCCUGAGUCAGGUCCCCCCAGACCUAGCAAUGGGACCCCUGAGGAUAAGAGGCUGCCUCCAAACCACAGCCAUGGCCAAUUGGACCUCCUGGUACAGUACCCCAAGGCUAGGGGCUCCAGAGUGCUGCCUGAAGCCAACUCCUCAGCCAGGGCUGGCAAGCAGGGUCCAGAUGAGCGACGACAGACCUUGGGCCACAGCCAGCUGGACCUCAUUACAAAGUUUGGCCCAUUCCGGGGCGAGGGGCCUGGACCCAAUAGUGUCCCAGGACCAAGCCAUGCUCGCAAGCCUGGAGUGGGCUCUGGGGAUGAGAAGCGGCUAACUCUGGGCCACAGCAAGCUGGACCUCAUCACCAAAUAUCAUCAAUUGCAGGGUACCAGGCAGGGACCCGAGCAUGACCUCCCCGGGGCCCUCAGAGGUGACCAUCACAGUGGCAGUAGCAAUGGCCCAUUUGAGGAUGAGAAACGAAUGACCCUGGGCCAUAGCAAACUGGACCUCAUCACCAAGUACAAUAAGUCCAAGUUCAAGGUGCUCCGAAGCCGCUUUGAGUCCUAGUCUUGCUCCCAGCAGGGAUUUGUCCCUCCUCCAUCUGCUGAGAGUCUAGGUUUACUCAGAUCCUAGACUUGGGGGCGGAAGCUCAGGCAGAGGCUGCACUGGGAGGAGAGGGUGGCUAGAAGCCCAGGUUAGAAUAAGCUCAGGAUUCUUGCUUAUUGUACACACACAUAUACACAGACGCACACACGGGAAACGGAACCCACAGUUAAUGUCAUUUGUCACUGUGCUGGGCACUUCACACUGGCUACUUCUCAUCCUUCAUCUUCACAUCCUACAAGAUAAACCUCCAGUAGGUAAAACACCCUAGGAUCAUAGGUGUAAUCUUCCCUGUUUUAUAAACGUGGAAGCUGAUCUUUUUGUAGUUCAUAAGGGUGAGGAUUGGGUGUUCAUGCUUUUGUGUGACAUGUGCCUCCCACAAACCUUGUUAUGACAUUGGCACAUUACCUGUCUGAUAUGGAAAAAUAAAAAUAAAGUAAAUAAAAUAAACGUGGACGCUGAGGCCCAGAGAGUUGAUGACUUGCUUGGAAUCAGGUCUAAGUGUCAGAGUAGGCACCCACACCUGUGUCUCUGACUCUUAUGGCUGGUUUUAGCACAGACACAACACACAAUAUCAACAAUUCAUAUGUCUCCAUGCACACGAAAUACACGCAUCACACAGAUGCCUCAAAUGCCUGCACAAUAUAUGUAGCACACUAACAGGGUUCAUGUCCACAAGCUGCACACCUAUAAACACCAUCAUGUUGUUUGGCUAAAUGAAUGGCUACACAAAAAUAUGCAUUCAUUCACACUGUAGACCCCUCAGGACCCACAGACCAUGAAUAUGCACAUAAACACACAUACGCAGAGCAUGGACUAACCAGUAUUUUCUUGUACCUAAUUCGUGUACCCAGACUGCUGGGUAUGCUGUAGGGCUGGCAAAUGAAUCAGACACAGUCCCCAGAUUAAGUGCCUAAACCACUGGCUAGCAAGACAAGGCUAAUAUCUAAUUAAAAGCAAACUGAUGACAAAGGAUGGUAGAGAAUGAAGGACAGACAGUCCCGGUGAUGGUGGAGUGGUGAGGAAAAUAUUUUAGAGGAGGCAACCUUUGAGAUAGGCUUUGAAGGAUGGGGAGGUGUUGGACAGAUGGAGGAGAGG